UUGAGGCCCAUAAACACUGAGAAUACUGGAUGCGUACGGGGGUAUGAACACUGUGGGUGGCACCUGUACAUGUAACACCUAUUAUUAUGCUAAUCACUCGCCCCAAAUUAAUAACCGGCGAGGCAAGCCCAAGUUUUGUGCAUACGUAGACACAGAUUCUAUGUUCUCUCACAAACAAAAGAUGAGUUCAAACAACAUUAAGUGUCAGAGUUCCCAUGAAGAUACUACACCAGGACCAGGAGACGGGGCCAACACCAACCCAUAUCUUGAUAUUUAUGGCCCAGAGGCAAAAGCAGAUGUCGUCUUUAAGCUUCCAGAGCCAGACUCUACUUUGAACUUUCACGACGUGCAAGGACUUGUCACCUGGGUGCUAGCUGAAGGGUUCAUGCCUUCCUGGAUUUUCAUUAAAAACAAACCCCUGAUUCCUAAAGUUGUUAUGCUUUAUGUACCUGGCCUUGACGCAGGUCUUUACUUGUCACAAUCAAAGGUACUUCACAGUUUCAAAGAAUACUGUGGUGUUCCAAGGGCAGUGUCAGCUCUAAGCUGUGUAGCAGAUGGAAUGCAAACUAUAGAUGCUCUUCUUACUUGCAAGGUGAAAAGAAAAAGGGAUACUGCUGUGCCAGUUAACAAACCUGUUCAGAGUUUUAAUCAGGGAACCUGCAAUUCUGGUUUAGAAAAUCUAUCCUCUGGUGCUCUCCCGAAAGAUAUACCAUUUCCCUUGUCCUAUUACACACUCACAGAAAAGGAACUAGAAGAUAAUGGUUACUGCAAUAGUCAACCAGAUUUUGUUUCGACUCUACCCUCUCCUUCAGGAGUUCCGACACAUGAAGUAUUGGCACUUGAUUGUGAAAUGUGUAUCACUAAAGAGGGGUUUGAGCUCACGAGAGUUACAAUGGUGGAUAUUAAAGGACAGGUCGUACUAGAUAAGUUGGUAAAACCACCAAACCCGAUUACUAAUUACAACACCAGGUACAGUGGUAUUACACCCGAUAUGUUGGAUCCAGUGACUACUACCCUUAAAGAUAUUCAGGAAAUUUUUCUACAACUAGUUCACAGAGAAACAAUAUUGGUUGGACAUUCGUUGGAGAAUGAUUUGCUAGCACUAAAGAUAUCUCACCAUCUGGUGAUUGAUACAGCAGUGUUGUACAAGCAUUCACGUGGCAGUACUUACAAAUUGUCACUUCGUGUGCUCACUCGAAAUUACCUUGAUAGAGAAAUACAAGAAUCAACAAAUGGACAUGAUAGUAUUGAAGAUGCAAAAGCUACUCUGGAACUAGCAUUACUGAAAGUAAGACAUGGACCUGAAUUUGGUGCACCUCCUUCAUUCACGCGAAAGAAACUGCUUACAGUUUUAGGUGAAUGUGGCAAAACCUCAUCUGUUAUCGACAACAUAUUUGUGGUGAAGCGAUAUGCAUCUGAUUCCUCCAAUGCCAUUCCAGUGUCAUCUGACGAUGAGGCUCUAAUAAAAGCCAAUAAAGAGAUCAAUAAUGAAAAGGUGCAUUUUGUAUGGGUACAAUUCUCCGAGUUAAAUGCCUUUUUAAAGAAGCAAGCAGAGGAUGAUGCUAAAUUAAAGGAAACCCUUGCAGAGAUGAUAGCAUUGAUUACUUGUAAAAAGUUAACCAGAAGAAAAAAAAGCAUCAAGUGCCAGAUUACCUCUGAAUUGAAGGACACUCUUCAUGGAUUAAAUACUCGUGUCAAAGCUUUGUACACCAGUUUACCUACAAAUACCAUGAUCAUUAUUUGCACUGGUCAUGGGGACACUGCAGUUGUACAAAGAUUGAGGAGAAUGCUGACACAACAAGUGGAAACUGCUCUACAGCGUGAGCACAUAAUUAAAGUUUUGGAAGAGCUGCAAGCCCAAGCUGAAGUAGGGUUGUGUUUUGUGGGCGUAAAGCACUAAAUACAAGUACAGCUAUCUGACAGCUUGUCGAUUUAAACACCAAACCAUAAUUAAAAGGAGCAGAAUUUUUGACAUUUGAGACAACGAACCUUUUUGUUAUGAUCUACUGCUUUAGUUUCUUGUGCUCCCUACAUCUUAGAUCCGAGGAUUACUGGAGGAGCAGCCGGAAUCUACAUCACUGUUGCUAUUGUUGAGCUAAGAGAUUUUUCAGGCCCUUUUCAUUGCUAUGAAGGAUAUAUUGGUACUGGAGGGCAACAAAUGUACAGUUUCUACAGAUACUAAUCCAAUAUUCAGUUGUAUUUCUUUUUUAAUAUUUGUUCUAAAGAAAUUCUUCGCUUCCUUUUCGAGGAAUAUGUCUCGGUGACUGGCCAUAAGUUCCAAACAAUAUGUAGCAUUUGUCUAAUUUUAGAAUAUACUUGAAUGUCAAAAACUAACACAUAAUGAGAAUUCUGAUUGACAUUUAAGGACAAAUUCAAUGGUGGUCUAAAGUUCCAAAUUUAGACCUUUUUCUUAUUUA